UUGGAGAAAACCUGAACAAUUGGAUGCCAAAAUACCACGUCCCUACUGAAUUGGCGCCAAACAAACUUUGUUGUGUUUUAACAUAGCGUAUAAUAUACUAUAUUUGAUUGAUUGACUGGUAAUCAAGAAUUUAUAUGAUCAGUUUGCGCAGGCGAAGCCCCAUUGAAUUCAAAUGACGAGAAUCCCCAAGCCCACGAAUCGCACACUUCGCCUCUUCGAAUGGACCAACCAAUGUUUGUAUUCCAUCACCUCGACAAUCAGUUCAAACACAAAUUGUACAACUCAUCCGUUACAAAAUAAAUUCUUCUGCAGCAGCAACAGCAACAGCAGCAGCGAGAAAACAGCUAGAGUUGAAGAAUCCCUCAUCUCCAUUUUCACGAAAAGACCCUUCUGCUCGGAGUCCCCGGAGCUUCAAGAAUUGAGCUCAAAACUCACUCCCCAACUUGUUGAAACCGUCUUAAAGUCUUUUAGGAAUUGGGGAUUGGCUCAGCUAUUCUUCCAAUGGGCUUCGAAUCAACGCGGUUACUCGCACAGCUGUUAUGUGUACAACGCCAUGGCUGAAAUCCUAUCAACUGCUCGACAAAAUGCCAGACUUAAGGAGCUUGCUGUAACUUUAACUAAUUCGUCGUGUUAUUGGACGCCGGGGGCUUUUGGAUAUUUUCUGAGGUGUCUAGGUAGUCAGGGUCUAGUUGAGGAAGCUAAUUCUUUGUUUGAUCACAUGAAAAUGUCUGCCCUUUGUGUUUUGAAUGGCUAUAGCUAUAACUGUUUGCUGGAGGUUAUUGCGAAAAGUGGUGAUAUUGGUCUAUUGGAGUAUAGGUUGAACGAGAUGAGAGAGUUGGAUUGGCCCAUUGAUAAGCAUGCAUUGACGCCGGCUUUGCAAUGCUAUUGCAAUGCCGGCCAGUUCGAUAAGGCGAUUUUGGUUUUCAAUGAGCUGACUAACAAGGGAUGGGCUGAUCAGCAUAUAGUAUCUAUUUUGGUUCUGUCUUACAGCAAGCGCAGGGAAGUGGAUAUGGCUUUUGAGUUGAUUGAGUGGGCUGAGAGGAAUCUCAAGAUUAGUUUGAACGAGAAAACUUUGUGCAUUUUAGUUCAUGGCUUUGUGAGGGAAGAUAGAGUGGAUAAAGCUCUACAUCUGUAUGAUAAAAUGAUAAAACAUGGAUAUUUACCUGAUGUUUCCAUUUAUUAUGUACUAAUUAGAGGUUUAUGUAAGAAUAAGGCAAUAGCAAAAGCCCUAGUGUUGUACGAGCACAUGCGGGAAUCUGGAAUUCCUCCUGAUGUGAAAAUAAUUUCCCAGCUUUUGUCAUGUAUACUGGAUGAGAGAGACAUGAUUCAAUUGCUUGAAGAUGCUUUGACGGAUUUGGAUGUGGGGAGGAGGCUGUGGUUAUUUAAUUCUAUUUUGAAAGAUCUCGUGAAUGGUGGAUAUGCUGAUAAAGCUUAUUGCUUGCUGAAGACAUGUACGGGAUCUGGUAUUAAUGAAAAUAGUCAGGAAGGCAUGAUAUCUUCAACAAAGGUGAAGACUGAUACAACUUGUUUUGAAACUGUUAUUGAUGGUUUAUGCAAUGCUGAUAAGUUAGAUAUGGCUCUAGACUUGUUCCAUUUUAUGGAUCAAUGUGGAUGCAAUCGUAGUGUUCUACUUUUCAAUAAUUUGAUUCAGCGUUUGAGCAAUGCUGAUAAGUUGAAUGAAUGCUUUAAUCUUCUCAAUGAGAUGAAGGAGACAGAAUUCCACCCCACACACUUCACCUAUAACUGCAUACUUGGAUCCUUAUGCAGACAAUUGGAUGUUGCUGGAGCUCUUGAUUUGUUGAGGGAGAUGCGUGCUUGUGGGCAUGAGCCGUGGAUAAAAAACUAUACGCUGCUUGUUAAGAAACUAUGUGAACAUGAAAAGGCAGAUGAAGCAUAUAGUUUCCUUACUGACAUGAGCAAAGAAGGAUUCCUCCCUGAUAUGAUUGCGUAUUCUGCAACUAUUGAUGGUUUUCUGAAAGCGAAUGAACUGGACCGAGGUAUGAAACUUUUUAGAGAGAUUUGUGAACAAGGUUAUUGUCCUGAUGUAGUGGCCUAUAACAUUAUCAUUAAGGGGCUCUGUAUGGCUAAAAGGAUAAGCGAAGCUGAGGAUAUUCUGAAAGAGAUCCUUGGCAAGGGACUUGUCCCAUCAGUAGUUACAUACAACUUGCUAAUUGAUGGCUGGUGCAAAGAGGGAAAUACUGAUCAGGCUGUCUUGUGUUUUUCAAGGAUGAUAGAACAAGAAGUAGAAUCCAAUAUCAUUACCUAUACAACUCUAGUAGAUGGAUUGUGCAAUUCUGGAAAACCAGAAGACGCUCUUAACCUUUGGAUUGAAAUGGAGCAUAAGGGAUGUUGCCCAAAUAGAAUUUCUUACAUGGCUCUUAUUCAUGGGCUUUGCAAGUGUCGGAGACCAGAUUGUGCAAUGGUCUAUCUGCAGGAGAUGGAAAAGAAGGAUAUAUUUCCUGACCCAUAUGUUUACCAAGCUCUGGUAGAAGCUUUUGCAUCCGAGUCAAACAUAGAUAUGGCUCAUAAAGUAUUAGACAAGAUGUCCAAGCACAGUACUGCUGCCUGAACAGGUAUUCCCACCCACCAAAAAGAAAUAGGCAGACCGAUCUUGGAGGUUAAUGCAGUUUCUACAGAGAAUGGCUCAAGUUGUACUCCCAUCUUCUUGAAGCCAUAGUUAUAUGGGUGGUUGAAUUUAAGCUGGUGUUGUGUCAUUGUACACUGGAUUUUUUGGAGUCAGUAUAUGAGCUACUGGGAGGGACUGCAUCUGUCACUGGCAAGUAAAGAUUAAAUAUUUUGAUCAUCUUGUUAUUGCUGUUGCUGUUUUUUCCCUUUCUAUUUAAACGUGAUGCUGUAGACUUUGAAACUCAAUGACCAUGGAUUCUGCUAAUUGCUUCCUUCAUUUCCUUGGUGAAGGUAUUGGCCACAUAUCCCACUCGUAAAAGGUAAUCGCCUUGUACCAAAAUUGGAUUGCUAAGUGGUAUUGAUGAUUCUCAUAUAAUACUUGUAAAGUUUGAGUUUGAUUUGUAGUUCAAAAGGACCACAGUCAGAUUCUCUUUAGCAGACAUACUCAAUCUGAUCGUUUCUCUGACUGUUUAUGCCUUGUCUUCUUUAUGGAACCAAGCACUCCAGUGUUUGCUUGCAUUUUCAGCGUAAAUUUGGAAAACAUAGCAUAUUUUAUACUCGACUAUCUUAGACACCCUUAAAAUAAUCUCUUAGUACUAAGUAGCCGGCUUCCCUUUCCAUGCAUUACUCUCAGUCCUGUUUUAUCUACAGAUUUUCCCUUGAUCUUACUGUUAGGUUACUACUUAAGCAUAAGUAAAUCACAAUGCUCACUCCUAUGAUGUUUUCUUUUACACUGAUAUCUGUUAAAAGAACAAAUGCUAUUUUUUCUAGCUUUUACAGAUUAUGUGAUCUUUCUCAUAUUUCUUGCUGGAUAUAUUUGUUUACUUCUGUACCGUUUUUGCAUAUUAUUGUAAUUCUAUAAAAUUAUGACCUUAAGUCGAUAAAUGGCCCCAUUGUCGUUUCUUACAAAUGAUUUUAAUUGAGGGGUAUUCUUUCCUUCGAGCAAUAAUUGGAAAACGACAAGGAAUUCACCUUUUAACAUUCGUUCUGAUCUCAAAAUGCAACUUCAAUUGUUUUUUUUUUUCCCGAUUGUCUAGUGCUGUCACAAUCUUUCUUCGCCAUGUGAUUGUAUAUCGCUGUUAUGAGAAAAACUUUUAUUAUUAUUGGAUGAUGUGAUUAAUUUCGGGCUGUUGAAAAAUAAUAGUUCCCCGCUAAUUAAGUUCCAUAUAUACUAAGAAGAAAAUACUGGUUUGUUAGAUUUCAUGUAAGCAUCAUCGGUUAUUCAUUUUCAACUUUUCUAGUCAAUCUCUAGGAUUCUUGCUAGUAGGAGUCUGGUAUUUUGUCUCUCUUACCUUUGGUGCGGAUAGUGUUUGUGAAAUAGAAGCAUUGUAUGACUUGCUUAAAAAGAUGAGCAGUGCUGUGGUAGAUGAUCAGCAGGUGCUAUUUAUCUUUCUUUCUUAUGUAAGCUUGCUUAUACUCGCAGUUGUAUUAGGAAUCCCUUGGCCUUGUUACAAUCCUUUUAUUGAUUCACAUCCUGGUUCUCAGCUUGGUAUUUCUGCAUGCAAAAUGUGUUUACUUGCAGGAGGAGUUCCAGCUUGCUCUUUUUAAGACCAACCAAAAGGACAGCCUGUUUACUAACAGGAUGUUGAAGCUGUGGAUUUAAGGAAAAGGCUAAAACUUGCAGAGGGCCAUGUUGAAGCAGGAAGACUGUUAACCUGUUAUCAGAUCCAAAUCCACAUAUGGGACAUCUGGCAGAUGCUUUUGUAAUUACAGCUGAAUCAGUAAGCAUGUUGAGUGAAGCUUGCAGCACAGAGUAUGUGGCUGUAAAACAUGAAAACAAAAGAUUUGUGAGAAAUGGGAGCACAUUCCACUUAAUGAGUAUUGUUUGUGUUAGAAUCUAUUUGUAAGACGAAAUGACUCAUCUUUGAUUGGUUAUCAUUUGUCUUAGCUUAGUUCUUGUUGUGGACUUGUACCAACUUGUAGUUUUGUUUGUUUGUUAAGAUAUAAUAUCAUACUAUAUUAAAAAUAAAAAUUAGCAUCUUUAGGAUAGCCAUAGAGCAAUUUAUCGCUUGUAUGCUAGAAUUUAUUGGUAUAGAGGACCUGGAUCUUAUUCU